AUGUCGGACCCUCAGCAGUAUUUCGACAAGGCCGUCGCUACCCUGCAGGUUGCAGUUACUCUGGACAGCAACGGACAGCUGCAGGAGGCCUUUCGGGAGUACAUGAGCGGCAUGGAGAUCAUGAAUUUGGGUUUCAAGUACAGCAAAAACGAGCGCAGCAAACCCUUGUACCGUCAGAAAAUGACGGAAAUGCUGAAACGGGCGGAAGACAUCAAAAAAUUGCUUGACCAGGGGAUCACGAAGGUGGAGCCAAAUCUUCAGGGCUGUAGUGCGGCGGGGGAACCACAAGUUGGAACUGUUCUUGGAGCUUCGCAUCCAACCCAGGCGAACGGCGGCAGUGCGAAAAACAACUUUUUCCCAGGUGCCCGCGGUGGUAACAGGACUGGCAGGGCCUCCUCGGGACUUUCGGAAGUUGUAGAUGACAUCGGAGCUGCGGCGGGCAACAAGCCACCAGCAGGCACAAAAUCGAAGGACGAAGCAGCUUUGUUGGCGCAGUUAUCGGGCGCGAUAAGGUGCGAGACCGACUGUGAUACGAAAUGGGAAGACAUCGCCGGACUCGAGGAAGCGAAGCGGACGCUGCGGCAAACCGUGGAGCUCCCAUUGGAAUUUCCACACUUGUUCGGCUCCGUGUCGACGACUAUGACUGGUUCCGCUUCCUCUGCAUCGUCCUCCCAAAUCAUCACCAUUCCUGGCGGAAAUUUCUCCUCCGCGAUUGAGAACAAAUCACUCCUGGUUCCUUGGACUGGGAUUUUGCUCUACGGACCCCCGGGAACGGGAAAGACGUUUUUGGCCAAAGCGGUGGCCAGCUCGCAGACACAGAAUGGAGGUAGCACUCAGGAGCAUGAACAGCCUCGUGGUCGCACAGGAGCUUCUUCUUCUUCUUCUUCUUCGCGUCCUCAAGAAACAGGGAGUGGAUCAUCAGCCACCGCCACGGCAGCGAACCAAAAUCAUUCCACCGCCGCAUCGACCACGACGUUUCUCUCCGUCUCCGCCGCUGAUUUGAUGUGCAAGUAUGUGGGCGAAUCGCCGAAACUAGUGAAACUCUUAUUCGAACUUGCGCGGGAAAAAGCGCCCUCGGUCGUCUUCUUGGAUGAGAUCGACUCGCUGAUGGGCGACCGCACAGGAUCGUCGAGCGAUUCGAAAUCCGAAUCCAGCCGGCAGGUUUUGACGGAGUUUCUUGUGCAGCUGGACGGUGUGGGGCCCAGUAUUGAGGGCGUGCUGGUUAUCGGCGCGACAAACGUCCCCUGGGAGCUGGACCGGGCGAUAUUAAGUCGUUUCCAGAAAAAAAUCUACAUUCCGCUGCCGGAUCGGAGUGCGCGGCGGGAGUUGCUGAGGCAAUUGCUAAAGAACGAGCGGUGCGAUUUUGAUGUGUUUGGCAGCUCAAGUAGAACUUCUGAUGUGGAAGAAGAUGAAAGAGGACGAGCAAGGGGCGUAGCGACAAGCUCCCGCGAGGCCGCGGAAGCCGCUGAUGGAAAUCAUGUGCUCAAUACAGUCGUCGACGCGACCAAUUUCUUCUCUGGCCGCGAUUUAAAGGCGCUGGUGUUGCAAGCCCUGCAAGAGUGCGUCCGCGAGUUUUCAACCGCGAAAAUUUGGAAGAAAAUCCGGCCUCACCCAUUCUUGCGGGCUACAGCGAGCAGUGGAGCGUACAACUCUGGCGGAUCCUCGUCAGACGAGGCAGGGGUCGUCCUGGGCGGUGCUGGGGCGAGUAAAAACGGUGGCGUAGCAAGAGUAUCUUCCCGAUCCAAUUUUGCCCUUGAACCGGUGAUAUUCAGCGGUGGCAACAAGGUGGGCAACAUUCAGAACGACGAGGUUUUCGAGCCGGAUUCGGUGCUGGAGAUCUCCUACGAGCAGCUGCGCUCGACCCGCCCCGACCUGCGGAAGAAAACAGUUCUGCCAAAAUUGUCACGAAGACACUUUGAGCAGGCGCUGCUGCAGAUUAAGGGGUCUGUGUCAUCAGAGGUGGAUUUGAUGAAAUUUGAAGAUUGGACCAGAAGGUAUGGUGCCGUAGGUGUGUAA